UUGCUGCAUCUCGGGAAUGCGAUUGAUAUUGCGUCACUGCUGCCUGAAAACAAAUCAGACCGAUCAUCAACACGUCCACAAACGAAGCUCAACAGAACCGGAUGGCUGCGCGGAUGCUGUGAAAGCGCAACCGGAUGUCAAAGUGGACUCGAGAGGCGCCUGAAGAAGAAACCGCGACACACAUUUGGACGGCGUCGAAAGCGGCCUAGCUUCCCUCAUUUCCCUUCCGAGAUGGCCGACACGGAGGUUUCCUUCUCUCCCGCCCUGCGACUGCUCCACCUAAGCCCCACCCACGCGGCGGCGGCCCCCGCCUCGGCGCCGGCCCCCCCGUCUUCGUCGCCUACCAGCUUCUCGUGCCCCUCGUCCCCUUCCAGCGCCUCGUCGUCCUCGUCGUCGUCGUCGUCGUCGAGCUGUUCCGAGAGUUCGUCGGACUGCCCGUCCCGCCGCCGCCACCACCGUCACCCGCAGCCCCGCCCCCAGCCGCCGCUGCCGCCGCCCUGCCGGGACGAGCGGCCGUCGUCGCCCAGCGCCAGCCCCCGCAGCUCCAGCCCCAGCGGCAGCGUGGCCAGCAGCAGCGGCAGCCUCAGCAGCGACGCCGACGCCAACGCCGACCCCCCGCCGGACGCCAAAGAGGGGGCGGAGCAAGUGAUCGACGCUGAGGUGGCGCUGAAGGCCUGCAAGGAAGUUCUGCUCCAAGUCCAAAUGCAGAAGCAGGAAGGCGUCAUCGAAGAGGAGGACGACGACGAGGCGAACGGGCACGGCGCGUCUCCGUCGUCCAAUCAGUCGUCGUGGCUGCUGCGCCUGUUCGAGUCCAAGCUGUUCGACGUGUCCAUGGCGGUGGCGUACCUGUUCAAGUCCAAGGAGCCCGGCGUGCAGGCGUACAUCGGGAACCGCCUCUUCAGCUUCCCCGCCGGCGAGGUCGAUUUUUACCUGCCGCAGUUGCUCAGCAUGUACGUGCACAUGGACGCCGAGGUGGGCGACGCCAUCAAGCCUUACCUGGUGCAUCGCUGCGGGGGCAGCAUCGUGUUCUCUUUACUGUGCGCGUGGCUGCUGGGCGCCUACUCGUCCGACAUGCACAUCUCGGCCCAGCGACAUUCCCGCGGAGCCAAACUCCGCAAACUCAUUCUCUCCGACGAGCUGCGGCCCCCCGCCGCCGCCCGCGGCUCCGCCUUCCCGCGGACGCCCUCGCCAUCACGCCACCGCGCUCACUGUCGCCAUCGCGGCAGCCACGCCGACGCCGGCCGGUUGCCGUGCGCGUCCCCCUCGCGGAGGACCCACCAGCGGUCCAAGUCUGACGCCGCCGCGCCCAGCGGGCCGGGCGCCGCCAUGCGCAGGACAGGAAGUAACCCCAAAGUGGAGGCGGUCCAUGAGGAGCCGGAGCGUCUGCGUCCUCAGCGCGAGCUGGUCAAGUCUCUGCUGGCCAUCGGUCGCCGCCUGGCGUCGCUGCCCGGCAAGGAGCAGAAGACGCAGCGUCUGAUCUCGGAACUGUCGCUGCUCAACCACAAACUUCCCGCCAGAGUUUGGCUGCCCACCGCAGACUUCCAGCACCACCUGGUCCGGAUCCCGCACACGCAGGCGGCCGUGCUCAACUCCAAGGACAAGGCUCCAUACAUCAUCUACGUGGAGGUGCUGGAGUGCGACAACUUUGAGACGUCGGCCGUUCCCGCACGCAUCCCCGUGACUCGGAUCCGCUCGGCGCGCUCCGCCGACAACCUGGAGUACAACGCGGACGGCGCCGUCGCGGCCGCGCCCGCUGCCCCCGGCAACUUCUCCGCCGUCCACAACUACGACAACGACGACGACGCCUGGGCCACGGACGACAUCGGACAGCUGCAGGUGGAGGUUCAGACAAGCAGCAGUGACAACCUGAGUCAGUUUUCGGUGGACAGCCUGACCAGCGUGGAGAGUAGGGAGGUGUUCGUUGCCGCCGGAGACAUCAGACGCCGCUUGUCGGAGAACCUGGCGCACACGCCCACUUCCUUCAGAAAGGACCCCGAGGACCCCUCGGCCGUCGCCCUCAAAGAGCCCUGGGAGGAAAAAGUCAGGCGCAUCCGCGAGGCGUCCCCUUACGGCCACCUGUCCAGCUGGCGUCUCCUUCCCGUCAUCGUCAAGUGCGGAGACGACCUGAGACAAGAGCUUCUGGCCUAUCAGGUGCUCACGCAGCUGCAGGCCAUCUGGCGUCAGGAGCGACUUCCUCUGUGGAUCAAACCUUACAAGAUCCUGGUGAUGUCGGCAGACAGCGGCAUGAUCGAACCCGUCCUCAACGCCGUGUCGCUGCAUCAGGUGCGCAAGCAGAGUCAACUGUCGCUGCUGGACUACUUCCUGCAGGAACACGGCAGCUUCACCACCGAACAGUUCCUCAGCGCUCAGCGGAAUUUUGUGCAGAGCUGCGCCGGCUACAGCCUCGUUUGUUACCUCCUGCAAGUCAAAGACAGACACAACGGUAACAUCCUGGUGGACUCGGAAGGCCACAUCAUUCACAUCGACUUCGGCUUCAUCUUGUCCAGUUCUCCUCGCAAUCUCGGCUUCGAGACGUCCGCCUUCAAGCUCACCCCGGAGUUUGUGGACGUGAUGGGCGGCCUGGAUGGAGACAUGUUCGUGUACUACAAGAUGCUGAUGCUCCAGGGGAUGAUCGCGGCCAGGAAGCACAUGGACAAGGUGCUGCACAUCGUGGAGAUCAUGCAGCAAGGGUCGCAGCUGGCGUGCUUCCAGGGCGCGGGCACCAUCCGCGGCCUGAAGGAGCGUUUCCACAUGAGCCUGACGGAGGAGCAGCUGCAGCUGCUGCUGGAGCAGCUGGUGGACGGCUCGGUGCGCUCCAUCACCACCAAACUCUACGACUCCUACCAGUACGUCACCAACGGGAUCAUGUGAUUCCGUCGCCACCCGCGACGCCGACGACACCGCCGGGAAAAACGCCGCUCGACUCGACCUUCCUCCAAAGCUCAACCUUUCUGUGUCUGCUUAUUAUUCUGCUUGCGUCUUCUUCUCUUUAGUAUUCCGCUUCUUCAUCCUUUUUUGUUUUACUGCUGCUGUUUCCUAUUUUCUUCUGCUUCAUUUGUUUAUUUUCUGCUUUUUUUCUGAUGCUGCUUAUUGUUUUUGUGCUUUUUAGUAGUAUUUUUUUUCUUUUUGCAUCUGCUUCUAUCCUGCUUACUUUUCCUUCUGGAACUACUUGAGCUGCCUUAUCUUCUUUUUCUUCGGCUGCUUCUUCUUCGCCUUCUUCCGUUGCCUCUCGCUCUACCGAAGCACGCAGCGGCUCCGCGUGAUGAAAAGUAGCUUUUGUGUUGCGUCGCGUCGCUGCCACACUCCUGCCAAAAUUUCUGCACUAGCCUGGCUUUUUAGCUUUAGCAUUUAUGCUAACCUUGCACACAGGGCGAACGCUGAAUGUUUUUGUUUUGUCGUUUUCUUCCAGUCGAAAACUUCACAAUAUCUCAGAGUUGUGACGGGAACGCCAACGUGCUAAUAUUAGCAUGAUCACGGAAGCCACGUUUUGUUUACAUGUUGAACGAAGGUCCGUUAGCAAUUUCAAGUUGCCGCAGCAUUUUAAAAUGAAGCAUUUUUAUCGUUUCAAAGGAACCUGGUUUUGUCUCCUCAAGAACACAUUCACUAAGUUUACACUUCAUGAAUCUGUUGUCGCUCUGCGAUUGGCUGACACUACAUUCCUGGGAUUGACUCCAGCCAACCAGGCGGCGCCUUUCCGUUUCGUUUGUACGACUGCUAGAGGAGGACCUGAUUGAAGACACUUUAUGUGAACUCACACCUUUGUAUUGUUAGCGAGGAGCUAGCCUAGCCUAGUAGUAGCCUACUGCUAACACACUUUAGUAUGAAUUCUAAUAAUAAAUGUACAGUCUAUAUUUAUAUUUACUGCAGGGCUGUCAGAUUGUAGUAACCAGCUAACUUUUUGGGGAGUACAAAAAACUCUAAACUGGAAUAAAGUAACUGUUUUGGUUGACAGCUGAUCACGAUCAGUGAAACUUUUUCUCUUUUUUAACCACAAAAGAGAAAGCACAGUGUUCCGUUAGCCAGCUAGCUGAAAUCUUUUUGUUCCCGUUUGUUGAGAAUGCAAACAGGCCAUGAAAGCAAAAUAAGUACUGUUGCCUUUUUCCUUCUUUCAACUAUUUGAUAAAAAAAAAAAAAAAAAAAGUGCAAAUAAAAAAAUUAAGUAUGAAUGUGAAAACUUGUCUGAAGUGCUCCUUUAACAUCUUUAAAAAGAAAAAAAUUCUACAAUACCAAGGGGUCUGCUACUCGCGGCUCCAGAGCCGCAUGUGGCCCUCUCAUCUGUCUGCUUGGGCUCUUUGUGACUUUGGAAAAUAAAGGAGUAUUUCAACUAAAAUUAGUUCAUUAGUUUGUCAAAUGCAAGAUUGUGCUGCUCCCGUGACAUUAAAAUAUGUGUAUUUUUCUCGUUGUUCCAAAUUCAUGUCAUAGACACAGAUGUGCGACACCAAGCUGUAUUGAGCCUAUUUGACACCCGGUUGCUAAAUCAUGGAUAAAUCAGAGAAAAGACAAGUUUCUGGAGAAAACUGAAAGUUUAAUACUACAUUAAUUACAUUAGAAAGCAACAUUGCUCACGACUCACAGAUGACAGCUUAGAAUUGUGUGUGAAAAUGAAGGGGAGAUCUACGGCCCUGAUGUGCCGACGCUGAGAUUCUGGAGCAAAAAUCCUAGCAGGUAAAAUCAAUAUUUCUAUUGGCUGUUAUUUUGGCAAAUAUAUAUAUUAUAUUGUUAAGUGAAACAGUCAUCCCCCCCCGCCCCCCCCCCACCCAAGUUGACAGCUGACUGCAAGCUCCACAUGCAAUAAAAUGUCAGAACACACAAGCAGAAUUAAUUUUUGGUUCGCUAAUUUAAGUUUGGUUUUAAUUCCAUGAAUUCUUGGACAAUUCAAAUAGACAUCGGAUAUUUUAUUUUCAAGUGAGCUUCAACCAAUCAGAGAUUUUGUUACAUGCAGAAAUAUUUUUGUGUUCUCCGUAGCAGUGACCUGAUUUCAGAAAUGCAAAAACACUGUAGGUUUUAUACAUCCAAAUAAAAAAAGAACAAUAUAUGCAGUGUUUACCCUUACUUUGAUGGCAAAUGUUUUUCUCUGGGAGACAAUCAAAAUGGCUCUUUUGAGUAUUUACGUUUACCGACCGCUGUACUAUAUAUACAUAAUGUAUAAAUAAAAGUGGAGAAAAGAGUGAGCACUUGGUAAGCGUAGCGACGCCUUUAUUAGCCCACAAGCUAGUGGGAGGAGCUUGUUAUGACACGUGACCUUUGACAAACCUUCACCAAAACCAAACGCAAAGUCACAAAGCACUGAGGUUUGGCAUUAUAUGUGUGUGCUACAGGUACUUUGGGGGGACAAGUUAAAGCAGGACACAGUCGGAGUCUUUUUCUCUUCUCCUGGCCCCUCCUGCCUGGGAACCCUGACCUCUGACCUAGAAAGACACCAGCAUGUUAACAUGACUGAAACAUCAAACAAAUAUGGCUAAAACAAAUGACUGAAAUGUGAUGAAAACGUUGACUGCAACAUAUCUGAAACAUGAAACAGGACUCAAAAAUCUAAAACAAAAAUUCUGUAUUCUGACCGAUAUAGACCUAAAACACGACUAAAAAGUGGCUAAAACAUGACUAAAACAAAUCUGGAAAAUGACUAAAACAUGUUGCAACAUGACUGAAACGUUGAGUGUGUGUGUUGCCACGGUUACCUGCGGGGCUGCCUGUUGUGGUCCUUGUUGUUGCUGUUGUUGUUGUUGUUGUUGUUGGUAUUCUUCCUCUUGCAGCUGCCGGGCCAACUCCAAGUCGCUGAGUUGCCCCGAGGCCCCCCCGCCACUGCUCUCCUGCUGCAGGGACACCGCCACCAGAUAGUCCUAAGGCGCACACACGCACAAAUGUUUUGCCGCCGCCAUGAGCCAUUUAAAACAAGUCUUGCACACGACUGACACAAGACUGGAACAUGCUAAAACACGGCCGAAACAUGGCUAAAACAUGAAUAAAACACGACCCUGUGUGUGUGUGUGUGUGUGCUACCUGGUCAAUCUGGCGCUGCUGCUGUUGGUCGCAAGGUGCCGGGGCGACACUGGGGGGCGCCGCGUCUCUCUGAGGAGGAUGACACAGGCGGAAGUCGGAGUCGCAGAAGUUUCCGUCUCCUUCCACGUUGUGGAGAGACUCCCACACCAGGCCCUCCUCACGCAGGAAGCCCUGGUCUGUCACCAGCAGGUAAUCCACUUGACCAGGUAAUACGCCGCCGAUGCGCCAGCCGGAGCGUCGGCGGGCACGGCGCCCCCUUUGGCCAGGAGGACAACUACAGUCACGACUUCAUUGUGCUUCUUCGUCAUGCCGUCAUUGUUGGAAUUUGACCUUCACCUGCCACCUCAUCGUCCUUCAAACUCGGCGAGCAUCCCUCCGCCCCCAAAGCGGAGUAAGACGACGACAAGACGUCGUCCGCCUCCUGCGAGCUUCCCGCCACGGCCGCCGCCACUGCCGUCCCCUCGGACAGAUCCAGACUGGGAAUGGAGAAGGACGCGGAGUCGCUGGACUCUCGCAGCUCGUCUGAACUGUCGGCCGUCGCCACAGAGGAACUCUCCAUCGCCUCCGCAUCAGGUCCUGACAUGAAACAUGGCUGGAAUGAGACUGAAACAUGACUUGAAACCUCAAUGAGACGUGGCUGAAAUGUGACUGAAACGUUAUUUUAAAAAAUGACAGAAAUAUGACUGAAACAUGGCUGGAAAUAUAGCACAAUGUGACAAACGUGACUGAAACCUGACAGAAAUAUGGCUAAAACGUUAAUAAAAGAUGACUGAAACAUGAUGGAA